ACGAGCGCCGCAGCAGCAAAAGGAGCGCGUCGUCGCAGGGAGCGGAGCGGCACAUCGCUACGUUAGCUAAAAAAAAAAACACAACAUGCCUCGUGUUUACAUUGGGCGUUUGAGCUAUCAUGUCCGCGAAAAAGACAUUCAACGCUUUUUUAGCGGAUAUGGAAAACUAAUGGAGAUCGACUUGAAAAAUGGGUAUGGCUUUGUGGAGUUUGAGGAUAACCGGGAUGCCGACGAUGCCGUUUAUGAGCUCAAUGGGAAGGAGCUGUGUGGGGAGCGAGUGAUUGUGGAGCACGCCCGGGGGCCACGACGAGACCGAGAUGGCUACGGUGGGGGUUACGGGGGUGGUGGGCGCAGUAGUGGCUACAGCAGCCGGAGCCGCACUGGCAGGGAUAAGUACGGGCCUCCUGUCCGUACGGAGUACCGACUCGUCGUCGAGAACUUGUCCAGUCGCUGCAGCUGGCAGGACUUGAAGGACUUCAUGCGCCAGGCGGGAGAGGUCACCUAUGCGGACGCCCACAAGGAACGUACCAAUGAGGGAGUGAUUGAGUUCCGGACCCACUCGGACAUGAAGAGGGCCCUCGACAAGCUGGACGGUACAGACAUCAAUGGGAGAAAGAUUCGUCUGGUGGAGGACCGGCCUCGCCGACGAAGAUCCUACUCUGGCAGCCGCUCCAGGUCACGGAGCCGCCGCCGUUCCCGCAGCAGGAGCCGUAGGAGCCACAGGAGCAGGAGCUCCAGAAGCCGCUCCAGAUCCCACUCCAGGUCUCGUUCCCGAAGCAACAAGAGAGGCAACCGUUCCCGUUCCAGAUCAGGAAGGAAGUCUCGCUCCAAGUCUAGAGGAAGCAAAUCUCGUUCUCGCAACCGCAGAUCUCGUUCUCGAUCCAACACCCGCAAAUCUCGUUCUCGAUCACGCAAAUCCAGGUCCCAUUCUGCUGAGCGGAAAUCCAAGUCCCGCUCCAAGAGCCGCUCCAAGGUGAAGUCAGAACGGGAUUCCCGCAGCCGUUCCAAGGAGAAGUCAGGCGAGAAGAAGUCCCGCAGCCGCUCAGCUUCCCCGGUGGAGAACGGGAAGGAGGACCGCGCCGCCAAAUCCGCCUCCCGCUCCCCGUCACCGCAGGGCGAGGAUCGCCGAUCCAAAUAGGAGAAGCGCUCAGCCUCCCGCUCACGGUCUCGCUCUCGGUCUAGAUCAGCCUCUCAGGAUUAGAGGAGCUGAGGAAGGGAGGCGCUCCUCGUGAUGUUUUGCUUGACCCCCUAUGCUGUACAUAACGGGCAGUGUUGUCGUAAUACCGGCUUAUGCUUCUCGAAUCGUCCACUUUUCUCCUCCAAGUGUGCACUAGUCUCCUACGUGUCAGAGACGGAAACCCCCAGCAGUGUUAGGCAGAGCUGCGUGCCAGCAGACGAGUUUCAGUUUGAAGCGGCUCGUUAGCGUCUCAGAGACAUUGACGAGCCCGUCCUCAGAAACAGAUCCACCCUUCAGAGGACUCGUGAUGUACUUAACGUUCUUUCAGUUAAUUUUUUUACCAGAUCUGUAUAAUCUUGAGGAAAAACAUUGUGGGAUAAUGCUGUGGCUUGACUGUCACUGUGAGGGCCUGCAGUCUAAGACAUUUUCCAGUCAUUUUGUACAACUUUAUUUUUUUCCUACUGAAGAAGUGCAUGGUUGUGGGACAAAAGUAGAGCGUUUGGCUGCAGCAUGGGAACGGGUCCCCCUCUGAUUUGUCAGUUACUGCAGUCCCGAUAGAUGCAUUUUCAUUGGUUCAGUCAAUCUUAGUACUCUAAUGGCACUCUGAAAUGCGUUAACUAGGAUACAAGAGCAUAUAUAGAACUGCAUACUGCAAUACACGAGGAGGGUGAGAUUUUCAUGUUUGAAUGUCUGUCAGACACAUUAUCAUUAUUGAUCCCUUUUUUUAAAAAAAAAAUCUUGUACAUAGAGCUUGUGUGAGCAUUGAAUACCUGUUUUCUCGCUUAUUUUUUGCAGCUCAUGUUCUCAUCGUUUGAGCAGAAGAUCUGUGAAAUGGGAUAUUUUUUUUUAAAUAAUUGCUUUGUUUUUGAUUAUACAUUUUGAAUAGAAAUUUAAUUCAUUUUGCAUCGGAGCUUGCCGCUGUCCUCGCGCCCCUUUUUCCUCAUUUCAUGUUCUGAUUGCAUCCUUGAUUAAGCUGUUUUUUUGUUUGUGUUUUUUUUUUUUUUUUUUUUUUUUUUCAGUUUGAGUGUCUUUGUUCAUUCUCAUCCAUCCUUUCCACUGUGUCAUUUGAGUUCAAGGGAUUUGUCAAGCCCCUGUUUUGUUUUGGUUGUGCAGGUAAUAAUAAUAAUGAAAAAAAAAAAAAAAAAGCAGUUGCAUUAGUACUGGGAAGGUACACGCGUUCCUGCCUUUUGGGGUUGUAAAAUACUUUUCAGCAUCUGAUCUGUUGAAUGCAUCCCGUCUCCAGACAGAUUCUGGUUAAUUGUCCAUACAAAUGAGAUAAUUACUUUGAUUAAAAUACAACAUGUUCUUUUUAUUGUACGUUUAAUAAAGGUUCUUAAUGAAAA